UGUAAGUUGCGCUGUCUUUCUCGUCCUUUUUUCUUUCGUUUAACUCCGAGUUUGUAGAGAGAGAAAAUAAAAGAGAAAUAAGGGAUCCAGAGCCAGCCAGCAGGCAGCCCAGGCACCCUCAUCAUUCUCUUCCUCGACGUGAUUUUGUUGUUUGAGGGUGAGACAUCAUCAAACCCCAACUCGUAGAGCUCCUCUGUAUUGUGAAUCCCUCUUAUCCCUUGUAAUAUCUAUCUGUCUUCUUGUUUUCUCUUCCUCACAACGGGCUCGACCGUAUUCAUCUUCCCCUUCCUGCCGACAAAAGCUUCCGAUUGGAUCAGCGUGUGAGAAAAAUUAGAAGCAGGCUUUAUUUAAAUAGGACAAGUGCAACCCGCGGUGCUGGCUCAUAGAUCAUACUGAACUCCAACUCCAAUGAAGAAGGCCAUUGGUCAAACUGUUAGAGACCUUAAAAGAGAAGUAAAUAAGAAAGUGCUGAAAGUUCCUGGGAUAGAACAGAAGGUUCUUGAUGCUACCAGCAAUGAACCAUGGGGUCCUCAUGGAUCACUUCUUGCAGAUAUUGCACAGGCAACCAGAAAUUAUCAUGAAUACCAGAUGAUUAUGGCAGUGAUCUGGAAGCGGAUUAACGACACUGGCAAGAAUUGGCGGCAUGUCUACAAGGCUUUGACAGUUUUAGAAUAUCUGGUGGCUCAUGGGUCAGAACGAGUUAUAGAUGAGAUCCGAGAACAUGCCUAUCAAAUAUCUACAUUGUCCGAUUUUCAAUAUAUUGAUUCCAGUGGAAGAGACCAGGGUAACAAUGUUAGGAGGAAAUCUCAGAGUCUUGUUCUCCUUGUGAAUGAUAAAGAAAAAAUAAUAGAAGUUAGACAGAAAGCUGCAGCCAACAGAGAUAAGUUUCGAAACACUUCAACUGGUGGAAUGUAUAGGCCUGGGUCAUAUUCUGGCGGUGGAGGUUAUGGUGAUAGAUAUGAUGGUGAUCGAUAUGGAAGCAGGGAUGAAGAUAGAUAUGGGUAUGGUUAUGGCAGAGAAAGAGAGUAUGGAUACAGGGAAGAUGAUCGGCACAGUCGUGAUGGUGAUCGUUAUGGCAGAGAUAAUGAAGAACGCUAUAGCAGAGAUGGUUACAGGGAUGAUGAAUAUCAGGGAAGAAGUCCAGGUGCUGAUGAUUACCAACGUGGCUCAAGAAGCAGGAGUGCUGAUAUGGACCGUAAUUAUGAUGACGACGGCCAACAUUCAUCUCGAGGUAGCAGUGUGAAAGCUGAAGAUCAUUCUUUGGAAGCAAGGCUAGAACGCAAACUUUCUCAGCAAAAUGUCAGUGCCCCUCCUAGCUAUGAAGAAGCUGUUAGUGAAUCUCGAAGCCCUAUACAGAGUGAAAGGGAUGUAGAAGCUUCAACAGCAUCUGUUCCAAGGGGUUUUUCUCCAAAUGUCAAUGAUAAUAUAGCUCAAAAUUCUGCUCAUACAGGAUCUUCUCCUCAUGUAAGUGAUAAUCCAACCCCAGCAACUGCUGCUGUUGGUAUUGCUACAUCUGCAAACCAAGAAGCUGAUUCUUUUGAUGAGUUUGAUCCCCGUGGUUCUGUAUCAGCUGCUCCUGCCGCUUCUAAAAAUGUUGAAAUAGAUUUGCUUGGCUCACUUUCAGAGUCGUUCUCUUCAAACACAUUGGCUUUAGUGCCAGCUACACCAGCAACCACUACCCCUGAAGCCAAUGCAAAUGGUGGUUCUGCAACUCCCUUUGCAGCAGCAGCAUCUGGGCCCAAUAACAUCAAUCAGCCAUUUGAAGAUCCAUUUGGUGACUCACCUUUCAAGGCUAUUCCUUCUAUGGAAACUGCUCCAAAUCAACCUCAUACAUAUCAGAGUUUUGAAAUAUCCCAAUCGAGUGGUCUUAAUCCAGAAAAUGUCUCAAACUUUAGGUUUGGGGACUCAUUCUCUGCUGCACCACACUCUACACCUGGUGCCACUCAUCCACAAUCUUUCUCAACAAGCUCCCAGUUUUUGCCUCAGGAUUUGUCAGCUCCACAGCAGGAAACUGAUAUUCUUGCAGACAUUCUUCCUCCAGCACCGUUAUCUGUGAUGACUUCACAUCCAAACACAUCAACCACUGUUUCCCAAACUUCACCUCCCUCCUUUUUAUCGUCAACUGGGCAAUCUGCCCCGGAAUCAUUUUCUGUACCAAGCAGCCAACUUGCGCCACAAGGUUUCUCUGCUGCAACUAGUCAACCUGGACAACAAGCUUUUUCAGUUCCCUCUGGCCAUCUUGUUCAGCAAGGUUUUUCUGCUCCUACAAACCAACCAGUGCAAUCUCCUUUUUCAGCUCCAGCUAGCCAGCAUGCCCAACCUUUUACGACUCCCACUGGGCAACUUCCGUAUCAGACCUUUACAGCUCACACUGGUCAACCUGUACAGCAUGCAUUUUCAUCUCCUAGUGAACAAUCUAUGCAGCCACCCUUUUCUGCUCCCGGUGGUCAACCUGCACAAUCAAGUGGUAAUCUACACGGCGGAUUCAACUCUCAGGUGGGAUCUUUGACUCCACAGCCUCCAAACAUAUCUCAAUCCCAAAACGGACAUAAUGGACAGAUCAGCAGCGAGAGCUUCCUCCCACAAGGAUCUACAGCUCCUAUUCCAUCAUCAAUGGGUUCUCAAGCUCCAACAGGACAGGAUUCACAGAGUGCAAACUAUUUUCUACAGCAGGGAGGAUCUAAUGCUCAAUCUCCAUUUGGUCCUGCAUCACAGUAUAACAGUGGGAACCUUGUUGCACAACAGGGGACUGCAGCUCCCUUUGGCUCGUCGAUUUCCAAUCAACCACAAAGUGUGCCUGGUGGAAAACCAAACGAUGUUUUAGGUAGCUUAUUUGGUUCAACUGGAGGGAAUGCUCCUAAUGCUUCAUCCUAUGCUGUUUCUUCAUCUGGACCAAUUGCUGUAGUUCCUCUACAAUCCAACGACAAGUUUGAGACAAAAUCAACUGUUUGGGCAGAUACACUAAGCAGAGGGCUGGUUAACUUGAAUAUAUCUGGCCCUAAAAUAAACCCAUUAGCAGAUAUAGGAAUUGACUUUGAUGCCAUUAAUAGGAAGGAAAAGAGGAUGGAGAAGCCUGCCGCCACCACUGUAACAUCAACUGUGACCAUGGGCAAAGCUAUGGGAUCGGGUUCAGGUAUUGGUCGUGCUGGUGCUAGUGCUCUCAGAGUUCCAGCUAACCCAAUGAUGGGUUCAGGAGUGGGAAUGGGCAUGGGCAUGGGCAACGGUCCUGGUGUUGGUAUGGGUAUGGGGGCCUAUGGGGGCAUGAAUCCCUCAAUGGGAAUGGGGAUGGGGAUAGGGAUGGGGAUGGGGAUGAACAUGGCUAUGGGGCAAGGAGUCCAGAUGCAACCACCUACUGGUAUACCUCCUGGGUCCAACAUACCAGGUAAUUAUAACUCCAUGAUGGGUCCCGGUGGUUACACCCAACAGCCAUAUGGUGGUUACCGAUGAAAGUGAACACCAUUCUACAUUGCAAGGUAAAGUAUUUUUACUCCGAUUGUUUUGCUACGAUGAAAGAGAUGGCAUGGCAAUGCUGGUGCAAGUGUGCUACUACCUUAAGUGGUCAACAUCUGAGAUUUGAUUUUAAAGCACUGUAUUUUUAACAUGAGUUGUAAUUUUUUUGUAGAGUGACCCAGUGUGAUGUAUGUUUAUUGUUCAACCUCUGCUAUUGUCAUUCUUUUUAGGGUCACAUGUUUCUGUAGCAGCUUUGGCUUGUAUUGAGUACACCAGUGAAUGGUUAGAAUAACCUCAGGCUUCUGUCUUUUGGUUUGUCCCACAUUUUUGCACACCAACCUGUGGUGUGAAAUUAAUAUAUUCUUUUUCUAUUUCCUAUUAA